GGGGUUGGGGUUCGGGUCGCGGGGCGGAGGGAAGAGCGGGCAGGCGGGAGGCGCCGGCGCCAGACGCGGAGGAAAGAAGCUACGACUAGUCGCCUAGAGGCCUCGGAGUCAGUGAAGACCGAACUAGUCGAGCUGCCGCUGCCGCCGCGUUCCCAUGGCGGCCGCUCAGGACCCUCAUCAGGACCAUGAUACCUCUACUGAGAAUGCAGAUGAAUCCAAUCACGACCCCCAGUUUGAGCCUAUAGUUUCGCUCCCUGAGCAAGAAAUUAAAACGCUGGAGGAAGAUGAAGAGGAACUUUUUAAGAUGCGAGCAAAGCUAUUUCGAUUUGCUUCAGAGAAUGAUCUUCCAGAAUGGAAGGAACGAGGCACUGGUGAUGUCAAGCUCCUGAAACAUAAGGAGAAAGGAACCAUCCGCCUUCUCAUGAGGAGGGACAAGACCCUGAAGAUAUGCGCCAACCACUAUAUCACGCCAACGAUGGAACUGAAGCCAAACGCCGGCAGCGACCGUGCCUGGGUUUGGAACACCCAUGCUGACUUUGCUGAUGAGUACCCUAAGCCAGAGCUGCUCGCCAUCCGCUUCCUAAACGCUGAGAAUGCACAAAAAUUCAAAACAAAGUUUGAAGAAUGCAGGAAAGCAAUUGAAGAGAGAGAAAAGAAAGGACUGGGCAAAAAUGAUAAUGCUGAAAAAGUGACCGAAAAGCUGGAAGCUCUUUCUGUGAAGGAGGAGAACAAGGAACCUGGAGAGGAGACUGAGGAGAAAUCGGAGAAGCAAUGAGUCGUCUUAAUUUCUUUUCCUCUUUCGUUUUCUUCUUUUUCUUUUUUUAAUUUUGCCCUGCCCUUCCUUUUGGGUUUAUUUUUAUUCUGUUAUGUUUUCAUAAGGACUUUAUAUAAAGAACUGAAUUCCAACAUUCAGGUUUUUUUUUCUUAAGUUUUUACCUUAUUGAAGAUGACUUGAGAAAAUCCAUUCCCCAGUCAUGAAAAUGUACUGUGCUAACUUUCUUUUCCAUAGUGGAAACACUUAUUUAUAGUCAUCAAAAAUAGUGAAUAAAAAAUGCAUUUGAAACCUGGA